CAGAUAAAGACUGGAAAGACUGGAAGGUCUUUAUGCAAAUGAUACUUACCUGGGAAGAAAAGAAUAAAGAUGCAAAGAGACAAUUUUUAUCAAAGUUUCGGUUGAUAGAUUUAGCUGAUAAAUCAGAUGCUGAUAGAAUGCAACAAAUUACUAACAGUCAAAUCAGAGGUUAUUACAGAUUACAAGGAGACACACCUAAAAUUCAACAUUUAAAAAGUGAUUCUGUUGAAAAAGAUGAGACAAUAGCCAAAAUCAAGAAGCAGGUAAAAUCUUUUAAAGAUGUUGGAGUACAGUUUGAUUACAUGGCAGAGAAGAAGAUAUUCUCAAUUCAAGGAGACAAACCUCAGUUGAUAAACUGGGAGGAUUUUGGUUUGAGAAUUAGUUUAGAAGACUGUAGCUUAUCACCUUCACAGACAGUAGAAAUAGAAGUGAUUGCUCUUAUAGGAGGACAGUUCCAGUUUCCUAAGAAUACUAUCCUAGUCAGUGCUGUGUAUGCAGUAUCACUCUCAAAGCCUCUCCUGAAACAAAUAAAAUUAGAAAUACAGCAUUGUGUUGAUUUAUCAAGGCAACCAGCUCUUAGUCGUUAUCUCAAGUUUGCUAUAGCUCCAUUAAGCCACACACCCAGUCUUCCUUACCAGUUCUCAAUAGUUGAGGGAGGAGAGUUUAAACCUGUUAGUUGGUAUGGAUCCAUUCAGCGUAAAGAGUUCUGUUUGGUAGCUAUUUUUGGGGAGAAACAUCUACCCAAAUCAUCAACUAAUGGAGAUGAGUCAGAGGAAGAGGAGGAGGAGCAAGAGGAACAAGCAGAAGAGGAAAUUGAGGAGGAAGUGGAAGAUGGUGAUAGUGAUUCAUCCAGUGAUUCUGAUAAGACUAAAAAUCCACCAGGAGGUAGCAGUGGAGGACAAGGAGAGUCUACUAAUAAUAAGGGAGUAGAGGAAGAGGAGACUGGAGGUCAGCCAUUACAUGAGGAAGGAAAUGAAGAGCAAGAUACAUAGGCGGCGGCAGGGUCGGGCAUGGACGGGCAAUGCCCGACCAAAAAUUUUGACCGGAAAUGAAAAUUUAGUUAAUGACAUCAUUUUUAGUCAUAAAUAAUUACCAUGGCUAGCAAAAGACAGUCAUUUCUGCUUUCCUUUGUCAACAAGCCUUCCAAGAGGACCAGGACUAGCACUUUACAGGUUGGAUAGAGCUUUACAUAUAAAAUAGGGGGCCUUUUAGGUGCAUUUUUAUGCUUUAUCAUAUUGUAUGCGUGCGUUGAGUAUACGCCCUAGCCUCGCGUAGCCAGCCCCUCCCUCAACGGGAGGGUCUGGUCGAAUGAGUGUAGAUCGUUCGUUCUACUUCACCCCAAAACA